UAAAAAUACUAUAGUUAUUAUACGAAAAAGUGAUUUUAAUACAAUGUCUUUGAGUUAUUAGAGGCUUCGGUCAAAUGUAGGUUAAUUAAAAAUUAAUGAUGUGUUUUGACAUGGCCCAGUGCGUCACAUAAGUUUCAAGAAUCCUCUUCAAUGAAUAUGGCGUCGUCAACCAGUUGUUUCCUACUCCUGUGGUUGCUAGGACGCGCUCACGGGAAGUGGGUGGAAGGCAGGAUCGAUACAAAAGAGAAUUGGGCAUUCUUAGCCAGGUUCUGUUUCCUCUCACUCGAGGGCCAGUUUGAGUACCUGAUUGAAUAUGACAAGGACAUGGGUAUGCCUAACCUGCUGCUGUACUAUGAUGAUGAUAGCCAGUGGCCCGCGGUCUACCACAGUAGCAAGACGUGUAAACAACGCGAGGCAGUCCUCAACAAAGCUGGACAGAACCAGAUGAUCAAGCUAUCUUACUGGUACCCAGACACGGAGUAUUCUGGAUGCAUCAUCAGAAGGGAUGACAAGGAAAUGCCAGCUGAAAAGAGUUCGACGACUAGCACACAGGAAACUCCGUCUACUAAAAAACCGCAAAAGAAACCCAAAAAUGGCACAAAACCGCAACUACCACUGGAUCCAGCGUAUUACGAUCAAUUUCUAAAAACUACCACAUCCGGGCCAAUUUCUACCAUCGUAGAUGGCAAUGCUACCACUUGGUACGAAUUGUAUCCAACCGACGACUUGAAUAUUACUACUGUGUUGCCAGAUGAUGAUUUAUGGGAAAAUGUCGGAGGUGACCGGAAUGGAAGUCAAUUUAGCAAUUUAAAAGAUGUGGAAAUUCUUUUUGGUGAUAAAAAUAAUUCCAGUCAUAAAAUAAAACGCUCAACGUUCGAGUUGUACGAGCGAUAUCGUCGCCGUCGCCUGAACUCCCAGCCCAGUCAGCCAGCCGGCAACAGGAACACCGUGGAGAAGCUUGUGGUGUCCUGUCACAAUUCCAGAAGGUUCCGCUCCGCGAGGGAAAGGUGGUGGUUCAUUGCAAUCAGCAAUUGUGACAGCUCUAAGGGUUUGGACGUGAGAUAUAAGUUCCUGAUGACAAACGGACCGGAUGGUGAUUUCUGGCACGAGCACUUCUCUGCAGACGAAUUUUAUGUCCUACCGGUCCUGCUAGCUUAUACUUUCGCGUACGUCAUCGUAAUGAUAGCUGUCGUGAUGUGCAGCGUCGAGCUGAAAUCUAGACAUUUAUUGCACUCGAGCUACAAGCUGUUCCUGGGCUCCGUUGUGACGCAGCACGCCGGGGUUGUGUUGCAGAGCUUAGCUACUGUGAGAUACGCUGCCAACGGUGUGGAGAGCAAGGUCAAAGUGGUCGGCCAAUUCUUAUGCGGUGUGUCAGAGACGACAUUUCUCCUUCUCUUGCUUCUAAUGGCCAAAGGAUACACGAUAACGCGGGGACGGCUCAAAGUGGGCUUCACCGUUAAACUGACUGUCUUCAUGUGUUGCUACAUCGUCACUUACAUCGUGCUGUUUAUAUACCAGGCUAAGGCAUUCGACCCAGGCGAAGUGUUGUACCUCUACGAGAGUCCGGCGGGGUACGGGCUGAUAGUGCUGCGUGUGAUAGCCUCGUGUGUGUUCGCGUACGCUACCUUCUUUACGGUUAGGAAGUUCCCUGAAAAGAAUAUGUUCUACUGUCCUUUCUUCAUCUGCGGCAUUCUGUGGUUCUACUCUGGACCUCUGUUCAUUCUAACUGCCAACUCGUAUAUAGAUAAAUGGGUGCGGGAGAGCGUGGUGACGGCAGUCCUGUUGUUCAUAACAUUCAGUGGACACAUCAUGUUUUUGCUUCUGACGCUACCUGUGUUCGCGAACAAAAACUUUCCUUACCACGUCAGAACUACACAGAUAGGCGUUAUGGAGGUAACCGGAAAUCCAACCAUAGACAGUUUCGGUCCCAACGCGUACCAUCCGACCAACGGGGCAGCUCAGACCGUCAUCAUACCGCUCACCAGACGUACAGAAGAACUAAUAGGCAACAUGUACAACCAAUACAUGGCAUCUGCCCCACCACUGUCUCUAGAGAACGAAACGCCGAAACUCAACGGCGUACCAAAGAGAAUAGACUCAAUGUCGCCCAAAAACACACUGUACCACCAAAGCAGCAGUGAUACUAACACGUCCGACGACAUAAAACCGGUUUUCAACAACAAAGACAACCAAAUAUUCACGGUCGAAAAUCAAAUGUCGAAAUUAGAAGCGGUGUUGCCACAAGAAACUCCCAAAACGGAGAAACUACCACACGAAAAUCUACCAAAAUCGAAUUUGAAAUUAGUGAACGGUUACGGUGAAAAUGGUCAGUUUUGUUUGUCGAAUGUGGAAGGGCAAAAUGGUUGGGAUAGUAGAGGGGAUUUGCCGGUGGUUCUGAGGUCCAGGAGGAAUAUUUUGGAGCCUAUAAAGAGGGAAGAAGCCCCUAUACCGAGUUGGUCUUUGGCGAAAGGGCCUUGUGUUGUUGCCAUGCAGAAAAAGAAGAGUUUAGAAGAUGAAGAUGCCACAAAUUCUCCAAAUGGCAGUGUCCAAAUGAUAAAUGGUAGAAAAGUGCCGCCGGUCAGAAACGGCUUGCAACAAAGUUCGGGAGAAAUUUCUACCAUACACGAGGGCCAUGUCCAAAGCUACCAGAACACUGUCAGCAAAGCUACCAUAGAUUUGUUUAGUGUUGCUAACAAUAAGGGAAGUUAGGGUUUUUUUUUAACAGAUCAAAGACAUACUAACAGUCUGUCAAGAAAGUAAAAAAAAUAAAUAAGGGCGCUGUCUCCUGUUGGCUGGCAACACUGGGUGUUUAUCAACCAAAGUUGACCAUUCUAUUUGG